GCUUGUACCGACAUAUGAGGGUGAAGCAUCGCAAGAAUAUUUAUGUACAUCCUAGGAAAGAAAUAUGCAAUAUUUGCGACAAGUUGGUAACAGACGUAAACAAACACUUGAAGAGACUCAAUUUCGCGUCUGGAAAGAUGGCAUGUACCGAGUGCAAUACAUUUAGAUGCCCUCGGAGGCAAGAACUGAUACACCAUUUGGAGUGUGUUCACCAACAGAGAAUGGAGUGCAAAGAAAUGACAUUUAAUUCUGUGGAAGAGUUCUUUCUGUGGAAGGAACAGAUGGAAGCUGAAGAGAAGGUUUCCUUCAUAAGACCAAGGGGAAAACAGAAAUGUGAUUAUUUUGUUUGCCACCGUUCUGGAUAUGCUGACAAAACAGCUUCAGGCAGAAGGUUAAGGGAACCUUCAAUCAAAAUUGGUGACACCUGCCCUGCCUGUUUGGUAGUCGAAAAUGUCAUCUAACAUGGUUAAUGUCAAGUUCUACAGGACACAGUCUCUCUGUGGGUAGCCUACAUCUGACCACAGCUGACAGGGCAAUGGUUGCUGAAUUAAUUGCACAAGGUGUUCCUGAUACUACAAUUUUGAAGAAAGUGAGAGAGAGCAUUCAACUUGGACUCUUCAGAAGAGUUCAUCUUUUAAGCAAACAAGAUAUUAGAAAUAUUAGGAAAGAAUACAAGCUGGACGAUAGUAGUGCACACCAAGAUGAUGCAACCAAUGUUGAUCUUUGGGUGAGACAACAAGAGUGCCUAGGGAAAGAUUCCCCGGUGAUUUAUUACAAAGCCCAAGGCACUGAGGAUAAUGGAAACAAAUUAUCAGAAAGUGACUUUAUGAUAGCCCUUAUGACUGAGUAUCAGCAGAAAAUGGCAAAAAAAGUUUUGA